AUGCCGCGCAAAGUGCCCAUCUCAAACAAACGCCGCAAGGAGCAGCUCCUCGUCAAGCGCGCUCUCAAAAGAGGCGACAUGACUGCAGAGGAGCACGACCAGCUUCGCUCGCAGCAAAAGCUCAAGACAGAGAAGAAACGCCCAGGCCAGGUCGCCGCUCGCUCCGAUGCACCUGUAGAUGCCAGCUCGAGAAAGCUACAGUCCAAGUUCAUUGCUUUGUCCUCGGACUAUGUGGUGAGGACUCGAGAGCUGGCCUAUGCGCUGCCUCUGGAACGACCAUUGCCAGCGUCAAGUGCCGAGUUUCCUCUUGGCGUUCUCGAGGACAGAGACCCUGAAAGACGUCUCACUUGUCCAGCAAGACCCAAAUUCAGGUAUGGCCAAACGAAGAAGGAAGUGGAGAAGAACGAGGAAGGUGUGUUCAAAAAGUGGUUGAAGGGGGUGGAGGAAGUUGUGCAAGAGUAUGUCGAUGGAGAAGAGGAACAAGUCGAAACAGAAGACGAGACUUUCAAUCUUCCUCGAGGACCAACGUGGUUCGAGACCAACCUAGAUGUCUGGCGAGUCACUGAAUCGUCACAAGUACUGCUGCUUCUCAUGGACACUAGGUGUCCCCCUCUACACUGCCCGCCUUCUCUACGCACCCACCUCCAGUCUCUCAGUCCCAACAAGGAGAUCAUCUUGGUGUUGACCAAGUCUGAUCUGGUCGAUGCUAAAGCUUUACAAGGGUGGAAGCAGUGGGUCAAGGGAUGGUGGGGACAGGAAGGCGUUCAGGUCGUCAGUGUGAGAUCGUACGAUAUUGAGCUCUUGCGAGAGGGCAAAGGGCGUCACAAGCCCGACAUUCCUCAACAGUCCCUCGACGAGCUCAUCUCGGCUCUUAGAGCCGCCCACGAGCGCCUUCUCCAGCCCCCAGCACGAGUUCGAGACGACCCCGAGAAGCUGAAAUCGUGGAAAGCUCCCACCCGCCCCACUGUCGACUGGGCUGCUUUGACUGAAGAAAGCGAGGUCGUACUCUCUCUGAAAAAAGAAAAGAUGCAAGUCGCUGCCGAAGUUGCGCAAGAGGCGGAUGAGUCAGAGGCAGAAACGAGCGGGGAAGGGUACAGGAGGGAUCUUGCUACGGAACCUUUCACGCUGGGCUUGAUAGGCCAGCCCAACGUUGGCAAGUCGUCUCUAUUGAACGCCUUGUUGGGUGAGCAAAAAGUCAGGGCAAGUAGGCAACCCGGAAAGACCAAGCACUUCCAGACCAUGUUCUGGGGCUCAAAGAAGGAAGUCAAGAUUGUCGAUUGCCCAGGUCUGGUUUGUCCUUCUUUGGCUGGGUUGGAGGUGCAAGCCUUAGCUGGUAUCAUUCCCAUCUCCCAGAUCCCCUCCCUCCCCUCCUGUCUCACCUUUGCCUCCUCACACCUCCCCAUUGAAACCAUCUUUAAGAGGGCAAGAAAGAGGGAUGAGGAGCGUAAGCAUAGAUGGAGCGUUGGCGGUGUGUUGGAAGAGAGGGCUAUUGAUAAAGGAUUCAUGACUGCCAAGGGCGGUAGACCGGAUAUCAAUCGCGCAGCCGACGGAAUGAUGCGUGCACUGGCAGAUGGCAAAGUCCGUUGGGGCUUCUACCCACCAAAGACUUCUGGCAAGGAAGGUGCAGGUAUCUGGCUGGGUGAUGAUGUUGACGAAGCCGGGGCUGCUGACGGGCCGAGCGCGGAAGAGGAGACGGCGGAGGAAGACGAGGACGAGGAUGUGGAGGAUGGUGAAAGCCAAUCUGACGAGGAAGAGCUUUCAGGGAGUGAAGAGGACGACAAGAUGCCGAUGAAGCAGGCCGGGGGAUUCUUUGCGGCUUUGGAGAUCAGCGAGGACGAAGAGGAUGAGAGUGAGGACGAGGAGUAG